AUGAGCCAUGCUUUCAUGGGUGUACUCACUUGCGCACGUAUCCACUCCAUCGAGCUCGAUCCGGACGAGGGUGGUGCUACGCGCAUGUCCGGAGGGAUACCCUGGUUGACCCUUCCCGCUGGCUACCUUGGCUCGGGGUUCAUUGGUGCGGCUUUGAUUGUGUGCGGUUUCGACACAAACGCGAGUAAAGUCGCCUCCCUCGUCCUCGCUGCAUUCUUUCUCUUCACACUUUGGUGGGCGCGGAAAGAUUGGCUAACGUGGGUGCUCAUUUUGGGUAUGUCGGGUCUGAUCGUCCUGUUCUGGUUCGUGGAUGGCGGAGCUGCCCUGAGAUAUUUCAUCCUCUUCAUGGGCGUCAUGUCGUGCAUGUACGUCCUAUGGGACAUAGUCGAUGAUACGAUUGACCGAAAGAUAAAUGGAUCUGAUGCCUCUUCGUUCGCGGAUAUUUGUGGCUGCUGUCCCUCCCAAGUAUGGGGUGUUAUUUGGCUGAUCAUCGCGUUCUGUUUCUUUGCCGCGGGAAUCUUAAUUGGCAUUGCCGCCUUCAAACAAUCAGCAGCGCAGCAAGCAGAGGAUGCUCAGCAUUUCCUACCCGUGCCUGGAUCUAAUAGUGCGAUAUGUGCAUCAAUAUCGUUCCCUGUCCUUACCCUCGUUGUGACAUCAACGUGGAUACUUCUUCAGUAG